GGAAGGAACCACCCUCCUGAACUGUUCACCACCGUCGAACGAACCGCCCUCCUCAAGGUUUUAAGGUCCAUGGUUCGUACAAGCUUAACAAAAAUGGCUGAAAGGGCAUUCGAACUACAAAUUCCAGUUCGCAAGCACUUUUGAGCCCAAUAUUUUGUGUGCUCAUAUUUCAAAGAGGCUGUAAGCUUGGUCAAAGCUGCAUUGACAAAGGAUCAAUUGCAAGAGUUUAAGAAUUUGCCAUGGGGCAACCUAAUAUCCGUGCCAGACAUGCAAUUUUUUGUCCAAAUCAUCCAUUCUCUUCUGAUGAGGCUAGUCAAGGACCAGCCUGAAGACGAGUUGUGGUUUUAUAUUCAAGGGAGGUUGCUAAAGUUUACGUAUGCUGAUUUUUGACGCAUCGCUGGUCUGAAAUCAUCGGGGGGAAAUCUUGUAUUCAAUCAUGAUGAAGAAGUGCAAGGGACGCUUAUUGACAAGUACUUUCGUGGAUCCAUGAACAUUACUUACAAAACGUUGAAGGACAAACUAAAUUCAUUUAGGCGUACAACAAGAGGAGAUCCUGUGAAGCUAGUGUCCGUUUGUUACGUUUUGACAGUUUUACUCGCUAGGGACAACAAAACCAGGAUAAAUUUGGAGCAUGUUAAGUGGGCGGAUGAGUUUGAGAAGUUUAAGCUGUAUCAAUGGGGUCUUGAGUCCUAUAACACCAUGGUUGAAAACCUGAAAAGUAUCAUGAAAGGGCAGCCCAUGAGGUUCAGGAAUACCAAGGCCACUAGUGCUAAGUUCACUUUAUAUGGAUGUCCUCAUAUUCUACAGGUUUGGGCGUAUGAAAAUGUGCCUAACCUAGGAGAACAAUGCGUUGAACGUGUUGGAAGUGAAGAAGUUCCUAUGCUCAACUGGAAGGCUAAAGGAUUCUUUCAUGCACGCAAGUUGAAUGAAUUGGUUUUCAAGGACAAUGAUGAUGAGGAAGAAGUAGAUGAUGAUGAUGAUGAAUGUGAGAAUGACAUUGAGGAUGAAGUAGUGUGGGGCAAGGGUUACAAAGCGAAAGUCAUGGAUGAGAUUCAAGUGCUCCGGGAGCAUGUCGCUGCUUUGGAAAGCAGGUUGAAAUUGAUGGAAGACAUGUUCAAUGCAGAGGGUGUUGUGCCAGAGAAAGCGGCUGAGGUUGCUCCGGAGCAUGUGACUUUGGACAUGGAAGUUGAUGCUCAUGACAAGGCAGUUGAGGUUGGUUUAGAGAAUAAGAUAAUGGAAAUGGAACUCAAUGAUCAUGAGGUUGAAGAUAAAGACCAAGUUGAACAGGACGUUGAAGACGAGCCAACAUACGCUGAAGAAGUGGCUGAGGAACCAACUGGAGAAAUGGCUGAUGCAAAUCACAUGCCACGCACUGUGAUGUUACUAGAGCUUCGAAGCAGAUCAUAUCACCCGCUCUUCUUGAAGUGACUGAACCAUCUGCACCAAUGGAUGAUUCAAAUAAAGUCAUGGAGUUUGAUGUUGGUACAACUUCGAAUGAUAUCAUAUCACCCGCUCAUCUUGAAGUGGUUGCUUCUAAGUUAGCACCAUCAGGCCCAAUUGAUGAUGCAUAUUGGGAUGAGGUUGUGGCAGACUUGCAAAGUGUUCCCAUUAAAACUCUAGGACCAAAACAAAUGUCGAUGGGAGUACUUGUUAAACGACUAAAAUUCCCAUCGAAAUACAGGGUCAGCCCUUAUACAACACCAAAAAGAAAGCGGUUGAAAGCCAUUACUGAACCGAGUCACACCAUCAACCCAAUCUUCAUCAAUGAAUCCCUUGAUGAAUGGAAUGAACUUAAGGAUUGGAUUGAAGGUGAUGACAAUCAGCCUCCUUUGAUUGUUGUUUUAAUGAUCCCUGAUGAAUUCGAAGUGCGAAGAGGAUUUUUCCAAAACUUGGUCACAUGUAAUCUUUGGUUGGCCACCUAUUAUCAAAUCAUGAGGAAGGAAAUUGGCGAUGUGCAAAAUUGGGUUGCAGGCAAACUUCUCAGCAAACAAGAUUGGCGAUCAUUUGAAGGGUUUUCGUUCCUUUAAACAUACAGAACAAGCACUCGAUGUUGGCAGAAGUUGUUUUGCAAAAGAAGUUGGUUCGAGUAUAUGAUUCGUUUAAGAGUGCUAGAAGUGUUUUUUAUGUCAGGGAAUUGUGUGAUCGGCUGCCAUAUCUCCAUAGUCUGUUUACGAUGUCACAGCUAGAGAAGGAAGUGAAACCAUGGGUUGCUGAAUUAGUUGACGAUGUUCCCCAACAGGCGCCAAGGUAUUAAUUCGACCUUAAUUACAAUUGAUAAAUUGUCUGUCUGCAUGACCUAAUUGUCUGUCUUCCUUUUAGUUGUCUGACUCCAUGGCCUAAUUCUCUGUCUUCCUUCUACUUGUCUGUCUAUAUUCCAACAUGUGGAACAAUCGAUGUCAAUAUGUUGUACGUUUGUGGGGAGUAAAGAAUGUGGAGGAAGCAUAGGAAUUUUGGAAUUCUUUAUAAAUGUGGAAUGCUAUUCCAAAUUGGUGAAAACAUAGGAAGCGUGGAUGUAUAUCUACGAUGUUGUAUGAUGUUUUUGUUCCAGAUUGGUGAAAACAAAUUUGGCUAUUAAGUUUGAAUUUGUUUGAAUUUUAAUU